ACCCGCGUCGUGCAAUCUUCACUUUUGAAAACAAAGAUUAUAAUGCACGUUUGGUAGAUUUACCUUGUAUAGUGGAAUCACAAAAGACAUUUAAUGGUGGACAAUUAUAUAAAAUAGCAGAUAUAUGUCAAAUGUUAAUCGUGGAAGGAGAAGAAUUUACUGAGAACACUGAAUCAUCCAAUAUAGAUGAAUUUGAAUGGCAAGAUGGUAUAACACCUCCGUUAAAAAAUGUUAGAAAAACAAGAUUUAGAAAGCGUAUUUCUAAUAAGAAAUUAGAAGAAAUAGAGAUGGCACUUCAACAAUUAUUGCACGAUGAUUCCUUAGCAGAAGAAGUAAAACUUGAAUGGGUAGAUUUAGACGCUGUUAAUUCCGAAUCAACAACACCAGUUGAUGUUGAUGGAUCAAAGCAGCCAGAAGGAGAGGAUACAGGGCAGCAGGAAGAUAUUGAUUCAAUUGACGAAUUUCUGUUGAAAGAAUUCGAACGUCAAAUUGAUAUGAUGGAAAAUUUAUCAUCAGAUAAUGAUGAAAGUAAUGAUGAAUCUGAUGAUGAAUCUGAUGAUGAAAAAGAACAAUUGGCUGAAUUAGAAUCACUAUUGAAAAAAAAGGAAACAGACUUGACUAAAUCAAAUAACCCUGAACGAAUUGUAAGCCAAAUUGCAGAUAUUAAAGAAGAAAUGGAAAAAAGAAAAAAGAAAUAG